AUGAUCAAACAAACUCGUCUUGCCAUUCAGAGACGUACCCUGGAGGAUCCAGUGGCUCCGACUGGACACAGAGUCCCCUUCGACAAUUCCGAGAUAUCGAUCGCCAAAUACAUCAGUGAGCAUGAGGAGGAAGCACAAAUACCGGAAUUGAUUCAUGCCAUUGUGCUUCCAAACUAUUGCGAAGAUCUGCACACCUUGGAAACUACUCUGAAAGUCCUGGCCAGUCAUCCAAGGGCUAGAUCCCAGUAUGAGUCAACGUUUCAUCCAUCCGGAAUUCAAGGUGAAAUUGCAGGCAAGAGUUCAAAUGUCGCAUUUGCUGCACAACGAAUUAUUGAAGUCCACCGACUAGCACUGCAAGCGGACGAUUGUAAAGUGGUGGUGACUGUGAUGGAUGCUGAUACCCACCUAUCGCGCGAUUACUUCACCGAGAUUCAACGCCUACACUACAACAACAUCACCGAAGCAAACCGUACAAUUUACUGCUGUCCGAUCAUAUUCGACCGCAACUCCAAUGAGAGUCCGAUCCUCGUUCGAUGUGCCGACCUGCUCUGGAGCUUCGCCGGCCUGUCUACAAUGUAUCCCUAUACCCUGAUCGCGGUCCCUACCUCGGUGUAUUCGCUGCCGUUGUCACUAGCAGAGAGGGUAGGGGGAUGGGAUAGUGACCCAACAGCGAUCGGCGAAGACUUGCACAUGUUACUCAAGUGUUACUUCGAGACAUCGGGCAACCUGAUAUCGCGCGUGGUCUACAUCCCCGCGAGUCAAUGCAAUGUCUCCAGCGAUCGCGGUCGAGGCUGGCGGCGGACGGUGGAUACCUGCAUUGCCCGCUAUCGGCAGGCUCUCCGACACAUGUGGGGUGCAUUAGAUUCGGGGUUCGCUGCACGCCGCACAAUUGGCUACUUGCGCUUCCAUCAACGAUGCUUGUUCCUGCGUCCCCGUCAUUUUGCGCUUCUCCACCUGCUGUGGGAAGCUCAUUUCAUGCCCUGUCAUUUGACGAUCCUCAUGCUCUUCUCCGUGAUCUAUACCCUGUGGACUCCUGCGACCGCUCUGCAUCCGACGCUGGCCUGGGCAUUCAGUUUCACCAACACCCUGCGCACGCUGGGAUUUAUCGGCAUGAAUAUUUCGCUCAUUCUCUAUGAGCGCUGGCAUGCUCUUUGCCUGGGCACUCGCAUGAAAGAUAUGCACGAGGCUAAUAUCCCUGAUACGGGAUUCUCACAGCGCGUCUGGUGUCGACCGCAGCAGCUUUUGGAGAGGCUCUGCUUUCCCAUCUCAGGAACCAUAUACGGUGCAGUGCCAACUAUUCACGCUGUUUUCUCUCACUUCUGGACUGAUCGCCUGGUUUAUCGGGUGAGCAAGAAGCCGAAGUUCGUUUUGGAGGAGCUCGGUGCUCUGUGA